AUGUCCAGCGCCCUCCACUCCGCCAGGCCCCUCGCCAACACUGUCAUCAGGCGCAGCACUGAGAAGCUGUACGGUCAGCAGGCCCACAUCGGCCGCGAGGCCCAGCACCGUGUGAUCUUCCUCAGGACCGGCCAGGACAAGUUCUUCUACGGCGUUGCUACUUCGGUUGCUGGCGCUGGUAUCGCUACCCUGCUCUUCGGCGCCACCCGCCUCGCUACUGGCAACGGCAAGAGGGAAGAGUAA